CCCAACGUUGGCCUAUGUGUAGACGACAACAAGAAGUCCUAACAAGGGUAUUGCGAAACAUGUCAGCCAUUUACAAUUUAACAGUUUUGUCGGUGGAUUAAGCAGGCACGAAUAUGGCGCUUUGGAUUUCAAUAUUACUGUCCAUCUUCAUGACAGUUCAUGGAGAUACUAUCCACCUGACGGCAACAACAAUAACGAAACAGUCAUACAUGUUGAACGCGAAUGUGACUCCCACUGACACCAUCAUUAUCACAGCCGCAAGGACAUCGCGCCUUGUCAGAUUGGGAAUACAAUCUACGUAUAACCUAAGUGACGAGGAUUGUGCAACCAGUGCCGUUAAUGUUACUUCAGGAGAGGCCGGCCUGUAUGUGGGUUCCUACUGUGGCAAACAGACCCCAGACUGGUUCUACGCUUCACACAACAUUGCGACCAUCGUGUUCAGAUCAUCAAGGGUUGCUGCAGGUCUCGGGGGAAUCAACGUCACUUACCACAUACAGAGUGCGUAUCUAUGUGGCGGAGGGAUGUCUGCAUAUCAGCGUCCCCGGUACAUCAGGUCCCCCCAGUACCCACUAGGAGGAACACCAGACACGAUUCAGAGGUGUUUAUGGCUGAUAAGUGCAUCGGACAGAAAGCGGAUCCGCAUCACUGUGAAAUCGGCAACUGUUUCAACAAUCAGCUGCACUACCAAAGUCACCAUAUACGAUGGUGAAAGUGCGUCUGACACACGCACGUUAGGAACAUGGUGUGGGGGUGCUGGCAAAACAUUCUUCAGCUACUGGAGGUUCCUUUACAUAAUCGCCGCCGGGCAACGACACCUGCCUGCAGGCUUCGAGAUUGAAUACACAGCAAUACCCGAUCCCCAAAGACCAAUUGUCAACAUCUCAUUGGAACAAAAGGCAACACCGGAAGUCAUCAUGUCUCCAGGGCCCCUGAAGAUCUAUUCUGAGUUUGGGGAACUUCGAUGGUUAGGCCAUUCUCAGCAGCGGGUGGUGGUUAAUAUUACUGUUCUGAAUGCAAGUAUGGAACAUACCCAGGACUGCGAUACUGACAGCAUACGGAUAUAUCUAGAGUCUGUGCAAGCUCAGAUUGGGGUUUGGUGUGGAGGCGAGCUACCAAGCUAUGAGGUCUUCACGUCUCGACUGAUGGUUGUAUUCAGAGCCUAUCCGAGCACCGAAACACACAAAGGGUUCUCUCUUCAAUACAGCAUCCUCGAUACGCCUACUUGUGGAGGUAAUCUCAUGGCAACGGAAAGUGUUCAAUAUUUGACGACUCCGAAUUAUCCCGGGCCAUACCAGGGGCAUCAGAAGUGCCAGUGGCUGAUUCGCACCACAGAUCCUAUGAAGGUGGUGAAGCUCACCUUCACAGCUAUUAGUCUCGUUGCAAACUGCGUCGGGGAGAUUGUCCGAAUGUAUGAUGGAACCAAUGAACAAGCGCGUAAAAUUGGAUAUCGAUGCGGUUACGGGUUAUGGGUGACUGAUACUACCUACAGGACCGAAUCACGCUUUAUGUUGAUUGUGUUCACGUCAAUAAUUGAAAACAAACACAGGUCGGGUUUCAAGGCAAGCUAUGUCGAAGAAUCAUGUGGACAUGCCCUAGAUGCGGUUUUUCGCAAACGCCUUGAGUUGAAUUCUCCAGGGUAUCCCGGCAACUACCCAAGUGGUCUGAAUUGUACAUGGACGUUUGCUCGCACAGACGUGGCAUUUCGGUUUAUAGACAUGAACGUACCAUGUUCAGGAGAUUCCAUUACGUUCUCUGACAGGGAUUCUACGGGUUUAAAAAGAACGUGGGAGAUUUGUGGAAACAAGACACACAACUACAUCACAACAGGAAACUCCAUGUCUAUCAACUUUGUAACGACGACAAGCAGCGGAACGGGAUUUAAACUCACCUACGAAAAACUUGGUACAGGUGAAGCAUAUGGAUGUGCAGGCUACCUCGGACAACGAACGGUGACAUACAACCGCACCAUAGAAACUGCUGGAUAUCCAACUGGCUAUUUCGAUGAUCUUCACUGUAGGUGGCUUUUCAGGACAAGAGAUGACGAUCACAGAAUUAGAUUUGGUCUCAUCACUGCUGACACAAAUACAAACGGUUCAACCUGUACGGAUGCAUUACGGGUCUAUGAUGGUUCCAAUACUAGUGUACUUCUGUUCGAGACGUGCAGUCAAGAAAAGAAAAUCCUGAAUAGUACGGGCCAGUCUCUCUAUGUGGAGUUCGUCACAGACAGUAUCAAUGUUGGAUCUGGAUUCACCUUCUAUGUCUCAAUGUUUAACGACCCAAAGUAUCCACCAAAUCCCCCCUCAUCAAACAGGACAAAAGAAGGUCUUAUGAUUGGGGGCAUCCUCCUUUCCAUCGUAAUCUUCUCCAUCGGCCUCACUGUUGUCAUCACAAAGCCAUGCAAGAGACCAUGUCCACGAGAAACAGCUCCACAGUUCCCCUUCCCCGCCAGCUAUGCGGACGUUGGACCUGUAGUCGUGGACGCUUCACUCUGUCCACCACCUAUAGCUAUCUACAGUGAAGUCAUGAAUCAGGGUGCAACGAGUGUUCACGGAUAUGAACAAAACACUGUGUCUGCAGGAGUGGGCAGUAACGGAGAACCUAUGAACACAAUGACGGAAGUAGUUGGUGAAGAAUACUAGCUUACUCAUUGAAUUUCCCUGUCCACUCGACGCUAACAUUUUAGUUGACAGUAAAUAUUUGCUAAUUUCACGAUGGCCUAUCGUAGAUUAGUACAAUUUACUUAUGAGUUAUUAUAGAUAACUUUCCAUCAUUCAAAGGUAUAUGUUUAUGUUGUGAAUUUUAAAAUUUUAAUAAGUGAUAUUCUGAUCAUAAUUUAAUGAAUGCAAUAUUUACCUAGAUUGGUGUAAGUUUUACUACACCUUAACAAAGGUUUAUACUUUGAUCAUUUGGGGAUACCUGUUGACAGCUUGUAAAUACAAUUUCCCCCAAACAAGUACAUAUUAUAUCCAGUAGAGGUGAAAGAUAUUAACAAAGAACAAUUUUCAGUGGCAUAUUAAGUUUAUUUACACAAUACUACUAAAGAGUAACUGACAGGUAAAUAAAAGAAACAAAUAUUGCUUUACACUGGCAAACUAAACAUACCUCCCUUCUACAAGGUAUAAAGAUCUACAUCUUGUUAGUCAUGACAACAUGACAUUCACAACGUUACAAGCCCAAUAUGUACCUGACACUCUGACUCAUAAUCAUCCCCUACUCAAAACACAUUGAAAACAUUGUCAUUUGUGGAAAAUAUUUGAAAAAUAAACCAGAAAUCUUUGUUGCCUGUAUGUUUCCAUAAUAAGCCACCCUUGCGUGAUGCAGUGCUCGUGGGUUUCACCGAAGUGGUAAACGUCAGCGAGCCUGACCACCUGAUCCCUUUAGUCGCCUCUUACGAAUCCGGGUUCACCCCG